AUGCAUGGCGUCCUAAUGCUCGCGCCCAAGCACAACAACAAACCACUACGCAUAUACCGGCAGUUCUCGUCAUCGGCGCCCUUGCUAGGCCCACUUGGCGGGGGCCCGCCUAUCAAUUUUCCCGACGAUCAUCACAUUACGCCCGGCCCGCUUCACUUGCUGUGGGGCAACCUCACAAAUUCGAGACCCCAAACGCUUUCAGACACCAAAGCAGCACACGCCCUCUCGUUGAAAAGCAGCGUAAUUUACUCAAGCGUGUACGCCGCGAACAAUUUGAUCGGCGCCUAUUCAGAAUGCGGCUGCGUGGAUCAAGCGUUCAAGGUGUUUGACGAAAUUCCUCUGAAAAACUCAGCGACGUGGAAUUUGAUGAUCUCUGGCUGUAACAAGAAUUCAUUUUUCGAUCACUCGUGGGAACUUUUCUGCCGGAUGCACAGUGUUGGGAUGGAUAUGGACGACUUCACUUACAGCGCCGUUGUUUCUGCUUGUGGUUCUUUGCGGCACGUGGCGCGUGGGGCCCAGAUUUGUGGGCUGGUUGUGAAAAAUGGGUUCUUUUCAGACGGGUAUGUGAUGGCUGGGGUGAUUGAUUUCUUCGCAAAGUGUUGCAUGGUGGAUUGCGCUUUGAGGGUGUUGUAUGACACUCACUGUGAAAAUAUUGUGUGUUGGAAUGCUGUGGUAUCUGCUGCAGUUAAGAACAAUGAAAAUUUUGUCGCUUUACGAGUUUUCAGACAAAUAUGCUGCCAUGGCUCGUUGGCCCCGAAUGAUUUCACUUUAUCGAGUGUCUUGACCGCUUGUGCUUCGGUUGGGGAGCUCGAAUUGGGUAAAAAUGUUCAUGGGCGCGUGAUUAAAGUUGGCUUCGGGGCUAAUGUUUUUGUUGGGACUGCUAUAGUUGACUUGUACUCUAAAUGUGGGGCUAUGAAUGAUGCUUUCAAGCAAUUUAAGCUAAUGCCAGUACGUAAUGUGGUGUCUUGGACGGCCAUUAUCUCUGGUUUUGCUCGGACGGGUGAUUCGGGUUCUGCUGUUUGGGUCCUUGGUGACAUGCAUAAAUCGGGAGAGGAAAUUAACAGCUUCACUGUUUCUAGUGUACUAGCAGCUUGUGCAAAUCCAGCUAUGUUGAACGAGACAUUACAAAUCCAUUGCUGGAUUCUGAAGAUAGGGCUCUGUUUGGACGCUGUUGUGAAAGCAUCUCUAAUAAACACAUAUUCAAAAGUAGGAGCCGUUAAUUAUUCUGAACUAGCAUUCACAGAAUCUGAGGAUCUGAAGCAAGUAGGUAUCUGGGCUAGUAUGAUUUCUGCAUUCGUUCACAGUGAAAUUUAUGAAAAGGCCCUUAGUUUAUUUCAGAGAAUGCUAAAAGUGGGUAUCACACCUGAUAAAUUUAGUGUCUCCAGUAUUAUGGGCAUAAUAGGCAGUUUAACGUUAGGGAGGCACGUUCAUGGCUAUACUAUAAAAGUGGGCCUGGCGUCUGAUGUUUCUGUAGGGAGUUCAAUUUUCACGAUGUACUCCAAAUGUGGCAACUUGGAGGAGUCUUUGAAAGCCUUUGACCAACUUGAUAAGAAAGAUAAUGUUUCUUGGACCUCCAUGAUUGCUGGUUUUACAGAACACGGAUGCCCGGACAGGUCUAUUCAGUUAUUUCGCAUGUGUUUCGAAGAAUCCAUUCUUGAUGAAAAGAUUUUAGCUUGUGUUUUGAAUGCAUGUUCUGCUCUUCGUUCACUUAGCAUAGGUAGAGAAAGUCACGGAUUUUGUCUUCGAUUUGGCUUUAACGAUCACUCCAUCAUUGAUGAAGCACUGGUGAAUAUGUACUCUAAAUGUGGUGAUCUCAAGUCAGCAAGAAUUAUUUUUAAUGCAAUGCCAUUCAAGAGUCGAGUUACAUGGUCCUCCUUAAUUUCAGGGUUUUCCCAGAAUGGGCAAGUUGAGGAGACUCUUCAACUUUUUCACGAAAUGCUUUCAUCUAACAUAAGCAUCGAUGCCUUCACAAUCUCCUCAGUCGUUGGGGCUCUUGUGAAUUCUUGUGAAUCUAGAUUCGGCACUCCUUUUCAUGCGUACAUCAUAAAAAUCGGUUUAGAAUCAGAAUCUUCCGUGGGAAGCUCACUUAUCAUGAUGUACUCUAGAACCGGAGAAAUCGAGACAUGUGUUGAAGUAUUUCAAAAAAUUACCGACCCCGAUUUAGUUAGCUUCACAACAAUGAUCGCAAGCUAUGCACAUCACAGUAAAGGACAGGAGGCCUUGCAAUUGUUCGAUCUUAUGAAGAAAUCCGGAAUAAAGCCCGAUGGUGCAACUUUUGCCAGUGUUCUAUCUGCUUGUAGUCAUGCAGGUUUGGUACAACAAGGGUAUUUUUUCUUGAACUCAAUGAUUAGAGACUAUGAAAUCGAGCCUGGUCAAAAGCAUUACGCGUGCAUGGUUGACCUUCUCGGUCGUGCAGGAAAAUUGGAAGAGGCUGAGAGAUUUAUUUUUAAUAUGCCUAUAGAACCGGAUAUUUUGGUGUGGGAAACUCUACUUGCUGCUUGCAAAGUGCAUGGUGAUCGUGAGCUCGGAAAAAUGGCUGCCGAGAAGAUUAUGGAAUUGCGGCCCAAUGAUGCCGGUGCUUAUAUUUCGGUUUCGAAUAUUUGUGCUGAGGCAGGCGAUUGGGAGCGUGUGGUUGGAAUAAGAAGCUCGAUGAGAGAAGUUGGAGUGAGAAAGAAUGAACCAGGGUGGAGUGUAGUGUGA